UGAAGGCAGAGCAGCGCAGCCAGGAGCCAGAGCUCACCAAUGUGUCUGCUGGGGGCGCUGGGGCUCCUGCUGAGCUGCCAGGCUGCAGCCGCCUUCAUGGUGCACAUGGGCAGCUCCUGCUCGCUGGCAGCCAACGGCUCUGCCACCGACUUCGAGUUCAGCCUGGUGUUCAACAAGAAGCCGCUGGUUUGCUACGAGCCCCACGCCCGGCGCUUCGUGGCCUGUGACUAUGGGCUGCUCCAGGCCGUGGCCGCUCAGUUGGCCGCCGGCCUCAACAACGGCAGCGCCUGGAUCCAGCGCGCCCAGAGCCGGCAGCGCGCCUGCGCCCAGCUGGGCACCCGCUUCUGGGCCAGCACCGCGCUCAGGAGCACACCACCCCACGUCCGCAUCGUGGCCACUCCCCUCCGUGACACAUCCAGCACCGUCGUCCUCACCUGCCACGUCUGGGGCUUCUACCCCUCGGCACUGACCGUCCUGUGGCUGCACAACGGGGCCGUGGUGGCCACUGGUGACACCACCAAGAUCCUGUCCAAUGGUGACUGGACCUACCAGACACAGGUGGCCCUGAGAGCCACGGCUGAGGCUGGGGACACCUUCACGUGUGUGGUGCAGCACGACAGCCUGGAGCAGCCCCUGCAGAGGCACUGGGGUCCUGGGUUGUCCCCAGGGCUGAUGGUGAACGUGGUGGUGGCGGCGGUGACGAUGAUCCUGGGGCUGUUGGUCUUUGCUGCUGGCACCUUCAGCUACUGCCUUCAGGCACCAGAUCCUGGUCCUGAUCCAGCAGCUGGUCCCAGUCCUGAUCUGAGUGCUAGUCCUGCUCCUGGUUCUUAUCUUGGCCCUGGGUCUGGUCUCAGUCUUGAAUCUGGUCUUGGUUCUUGUCCUUGUCCCCAUCCUGGAUCUGGUCCUUGUCCUGGUGCUGAUCCUUGUCUCCACCUUGGAUCUGGACACCAUCCUGGUCCUGGAUCUGGUCCCUAUCCUGGUCCUGGUCCCCAUUCUAGUCUUGGUGCUGGUUACACUCCUGGUCCUUAUCCUCAUCCUGGAUCCAAUCCUGAUACUGGCCCCAGUCCUGGUGUUCAUUCUGGUCCUGGUGCUGGUCCUGGUUCCCAUCCUGGUCCUGGUGCUGGCCCCAGUCCCAGUGUUCAUCCUGGUCCUGGUGCUGGUCCUGCUUCCCAUCCUGGUCCUGGUGCUGGUCCCAGUCCUGGUUCCCAUCCUGGUCCUGGUCCUGGUCCUGGUUCCCAUCCUGGUCCUGGUCCUGGUGCUGGUCCCAGUCCUGGUUCCCAUCCUGGUCCUGGUGCUGGUCCUGGUUCCCAUCCUGGUCCUGGUGCUGGUCCCAGUCCUGGUUCCCAUCCUGGUCCUGGUGCUGGUCCCGGUCCUGGUUCCCAUCCUGGUCCCCCCACAGCCAUUUGUGGCCACGCAGUGUCCAAAGUCUGAGGUCCCAGCCCCGAUGUGGGGGGGAGGAGGGUGAUGUCCCCCCCCAAUAAAGCCACUUGCG